AUGGGAAUAUUCUCCUUCCUCACCUGGACUCUGCCUGCAGGCAGCGGCACCAUCGAUAAGAGCACUUCUGCACACGCAGAAGUCGGUCCAGGACCAAGCCUUAGACCCACCGAACACGACCUGGAGGACGCGUGCGCCCGGGCCGGGGGCGCCCCCAAGCGCCGCCGCCGCGUCGUCACCAAAGCCUACCGGGAGCCCCUCAAGAGCCUUCGCCCCAAGAAGACGGAGAUCCCCAGCGGCAGCUCCCAGAAGCCCCGAGAGGUGAAAUCCGUCCCCUUGGAGCUCCAGGAUGACGUGGGAGACAGUCGGAAGCACAUGCGGCAGUCGACGACGGAGCACACGCGCCAAACCUUCCUGCGCAUCCAGGAGCGGCAGGUCCAGUCCAAGCGCAAGAAGGGCGGCCCCAACUACGACCGGCCUCUGACGCAGGAGGAGCUGCUGGAGGAGGCCAAGAUCACGGAGGAGAUCAACCUCCGCUCCCUGGAGAACUACGAGCGCCUGGAAGCCGACAAGAAGAAGCAGGUCCAGAAGAAGCGGAAAUGCGUGGGGCCCGUGAUCCGGUACUGGUCCGUCACCAUGCCCCUCGUCCCGGAGCCGGGCAAGGAGGAGAACGUGGACGUGGAGGGGUUGGACCAAGACCCGCAGCAGGCCGAAGCAGCUCCAGCCCCGGCUCCGGCUUCCGCCGGGAAGUGCUCCCGCACCUUCAUCUCCUUCAGCGACGACGAAACCUUCGAGCGCUUCUUCCCCAAAGCAAAACCGCCGCGGCUGCCGGUGCGGGAGAUCUGCCCCGUCACCCACAAACCGGCCGUUUACCGCGACCCCAUCACUGACAUCCCCUACUCCAACAUCCGCGCCUUCAAAAUCAUCCGGGAGGCCUACAAGAAAUACAUCACGGCGCACGGCCCCGACCCCAACGUCCGUCCCACCCGCCAGAAGAUCAUCAUCAAGCAGAGCGUCCCCACGACCUGA